AAAAUGAACAAAAACAACAAACAUUAACACUCUUUCCAUCCUAUUUACCCAUAAAACCAGACCAUUGUCUCUACCAAAGGAAACAUCCUUCUACUACAUAUUCAUUCACUUCAAACACUUGUUUUUUUUUAUUAAUCUUCCUAUCAAAUUUCAACCACCAUUUGCAUUUGCAUGUUAUUUUCUUCACUCUCACUUACAUCACUAUCCUUCAUGCAUCAUGCCUCCACUUGGAUUCAAAGUUGCAAUCACUGUCUCUUUCAUUUUUUCCCUAAUUGCUCUACUUCCUAAAUCAGGGAGAAUUGUGAUGUGUGAUGAAAGAAAUGAGAGUUUAGAGGAAAAGAAAAUGGUGAUAGGGUCAAAGCCACCUGUUUGUGUAAACAAGUGCAUGAAUUGUAGGCCUUGCAUGGCUACUGUGGUUGUUAAUAAUCAACCAAAGAAGGGUUUAAAAUCAGUGUACUCUCAUGAGGAACAUGAUAGUUAUUACCUUCUUUCAUGGAAAUGCAGAUGUGGGAAUAAGUUGUUUCAACCAUGACUUAUACAAAGAAUCAGUUUCUGCUUCUAGUUGUCAAUUUUUUUCUUCUCUUUCUUAAUUAGUAGUGGAUGUAGAUAAUUAGUGGUAGC